UUCGCCUUCCUGUUGGAGCAAAAAUGGCAAUCUCUAUAUCCGGUCUCUCCCUUCCCUCACUCUUUCAGUACAAAAAUUCAACAAUCGCGCGCGAAAUCCGAAUUCGUUCCUUCGCCAUUCGAUCUUCGAAGGAUGUUCCUGGUGAAACCAGCGGCGGCGGCGACGGCGAGCCGUCGGAGAGGCUGAAGAGACUGUCGGAGCAGUCUUCCUGGGAAGCCAAGGACUCCGAGGGCCGGGACUAUCUCUAUAGGCUUGGCAAUGAAGCAGAUAACAUGAACAUCGCCGUCGGAGCUAGAGCUGGCGUUAUCGACGACCUUUUCGCCGGCAACUUCCUCGGCAGAGACUCGGACAUUGUGUUUGAUUACCGCCAUAAGGUCACAAGAUCGUUUGAGUACCUUCAAGGAGACUAUUACAUCGCUCCUGUUUUCAUGGAUAAAGUUGUAUGCCACAUUGUGAAGAACUUCAUAGCUCACCUUCUCAAUAUCAAAGUUCCUCUCAUCCUAGGUAUUUGGGGAGGAAAGGGUCAAGGAAAGUCAUUUCAGACUGAACUUAUAUUCCAGACCAUGGGAGUGGAACCCGUUAUAAUGUCUGCUGGAGAAUUAGAAUCUGAAAGGGCUGGUGAGCCAGGAAAACUGAUACGUGAACGCUAUAGAACUGCUUCUCAAGUGAUCCAGAAUCAAGGGAAAUUGAGUUGUUUGAUGAUCAAUGAUAUUGAUGCUGGCAUUGGUAGAUUUGGCAAUACACAGGUGACAGUCAACAACCAAAUUGCUGCUGGAACUCUGAUGAAUCUUGCUGACAAUCCUACCAGAGUGAGCAUUGGACAAGAUUGGCGAGAAUCAGAUAUUACGAACAGAAUUCCAAUCAUUCUUACAGGAAAUGAUUUUUCAACUAUUUAUGCUCCCUUAAUUCGUGAUGGCAGGAUGGAGAAAUUCUACUGGCAACCUAACCGUGAAGAUAUCGUGAAUAUUGUUCAUAGAAUGUAUGAGAAAGAUGGCAUAUCAAGGUCUCAGGUCAUUGACAUUGUAAAUACUUUUCCUAAUCAAGCUUUGGACUUUUAUGGAGCUCUGAGGUCACGGACAUAUGAUGCAGCAGUAUCUAAGUGGGUUGAUGAUAUUGGAGGCGUGGAAAAGCUGGGAGAUAAGCUGCUUAAGAGAAGGAAGAAUGAAAAGCUUCCUACAUUCACACCACCAGAGCAAACAAUGGAGGCAUUGCUUGAAGCAGGCUAUUCUCUUGUUAAAGAACAGCAAUUGAUCAUGGAGACUAAACUUUCAAAAGAAUACAUGAAGAACAUGGACGACUAGCCCAAAAUGGUAACCUUUCUGAUUAGUGGACUCUUCAACAUCAAGUGAGUUCAAUGCAAGAUGGCAGGUAAUCUAUUUUUUAACAGGUAGAAAUAAAUUUUGUUAGAAUGCUGAGCCUCCGAGAGGCGGUCCCGUUGGCAAGGACUUGGGGUCUCUUGAUCAUACCGGCUUAAAAGUCUCAAGUUCGAACCUUCAGAUGAACUUAAUACCAAAAAUCUUUGAUGGCUCCUGGGUCUGACCAUGGGGCAUGCAUGAGUGCCCCUAGGUCUGGGGGAGCACAACGGGGUUUUAUAUAUAAAUCCUGUGCGACUCUUGUAUUUGAACUUCAGAGUUCAAAGUUAAGCAUGCACUUUGAGUCACUUCCAAUAUUUUAAUAGAUUGAAUAUCAGUAGAGCGUUGCAAUCGAGUCAUGAUGAUGCAAAAGUAUGUUUGUUUUUCUUACAACUAGCGUUCUAUUGUUUUCUUUUUGAUCAUGAAGAAAUUGAUUAGAUGUUUAGUGCUGAAAGAUGCCCAUAUUGGUUGGCGAUUGGCUUGGCAUUCCCCAUGACUUAAAAAGUCCACUACCUUCAGUGCCUUUACUUUGUGCUUGAUAACAUCGGAUGUGCGGCUACUUUUUGGGCAUUCAAAAUUAUGCUGGCAUUAUUCAAUUUCUCAGUUAUCACAGCACAGAAAAUUUUGAAAAAAUUGUGUACCAACAAUUUUGGGAUCCGACAUCUCUGUAGUCUAUCCUCAUAUCUUCUGA